GCGUUCUUCACUUCCGGUGGCAUGGCGAUGAGUGUGGGGAGGAGAGGUCGCAGUUAAGUGAGUGAAUGAAUGAAAGGAAGGAGAGAGUGAAAGUGGGAGAGAUGGAUCGGGUACCUGGCACUGUCCUUAUUGACCAGACUAUACAGAUGAGGAAGGAGGCACAGACCAGGAAGGUGAUACUAGUGUGGGGCUUGCUCAAUGUAGGUCUCGCAGGGAUGGUCUACAUGGAAAUGACUGGCAAAUUGCUGUACAAAUUCUACAAGAUCAACUACUGGCCCCUGUGGUAUAUUGAGUUCGGUCUGGUUGUCUUGUUUUGUCUUAAUGCCUUAACUGAUUUCUGGCGUUACUUCCGGAGUGCUGUAGUUCCAGCCAACCUAGUGAUGACCCCACAGCAGCAAACGCUACUGGGAAUAAUCAAUCCGGUGAUGCAAACAACACCGCAGAGGAAGCCGGCCACCGCAUCUACCCCCAACAGUUCUCCACCUGGUGCCUUGCAGGGCCAGAGUGUCCUAUCCUACAGUCCUCAACGGCCAAUUGGUUCCAGCCCCAAGUUCAGCCCUAACUGUAUGACGGGGUUUAGCCCAAACAUGCAGACACCUUCCUUGUCAGGAAGUGGGUCCUUCUCAUCCUCUGUGAUGUAUUCACCGGGCAGCAGUUUCAACAUGGGCUCCAGUUUCAGUCCUCCCCAAAAUUCCUAUGUCUAUGGUAAUAACAUUGCGAGUUCCGAGUGCUCCAGCCUGAGAGCUCGAUACCGGUCUGCGCCAGUCGCGUACAGUGCCCCUCUCACACGAGAUGAGUACGUUACAGAUAUGAAAUCUCUGGAGAAUUUCCUUCGUUCUGAAGAGGAGAAGCAAGGCCGCAGUCAAAUGGGGAGUCCUGAUUGUCCGUCCAACAGCAGUAGUCCAACUUUUUGGAACUACAGCCGCAGUAGUGUUGACUAUGCACAGUCACUGCGCAAGUUUCAGUACCAGCUCGCUAGCCGCUCCCAGGCUCCUUCGGCUCACAAGGAUGACACAGAUCUGGGCUCCAAGCUGCUUGCAGGAGAGGUGUGGAUCAGGUUGAAUAUGAGUCGGCAGCAGCUGGAUCUUCUCGAUUCUUGGACGGCUAACCUGAGGAAUUGGAUCAAUGAAACAAUUUUGAAUCGUUUGGUCAAAGAGAUUGAUGGUGUGAACACACAGCUAAGGAGGCUGGGAUGUCCUGAGCUGCAAGUAGGUGAGACGAGUAUCAGCAGCCUAAGGCAAGCAGCUCUGGUAAGAGCUCCCCAGCUUCCAACAUUGAACAUAGUUAUCCAAUACCUGGACAUCACCUCAAACCAAGAGUACUUGGUGGAGAGAAUCAAAGAACUUGCUCAUGGUGGUUGUAUGAGUUCUUUCCGAUGGAGUGGAGGAGGAGAAUUCAAGUCCAGGAAAUGGGAUACUGAUCUUCCCACUGAUUCUGCGAUUAUAAUGCACAUGUUCUGCACUUACCUUGACUCCAGGCUACCUCCACACCCCAAAUAUCCUGAUGGAAAAACUUUCACUUCCCAGCAUUUCAUUCAAACUCCAGAUAAACCAGAUACUACAAACGAGCAUUUGUUUUGUAUACAUCAAAGUAACAUCAACCCUCCACACUACCAGCUCAUCUACCAGGGCCAGGUGUACAGUUUGCCAAAGGACAGGAACAACAUGUUUCACACUAUCCUGAUGUUUCUGUACAUAAUUAAAACAAAGGAGUCUGGAAUGCUGGGGCGGGUAAAUUUGGGCUUGUCUGGAGUGAACGUUUUGUGGAUUUUUGGAGAUUAAGGAUAAAUUGCCAGGAAACUUAUCUGGUAUUUGUAUUGAGAUCAUGCAGAAACUAAAUCAUCUCAACACCUGAAAACUUCCUGCCACAGGCUCACAUUUUCCUUGAUCUCGUACUGAUACAUAAUGGAGAAAUGCCGGCCUUUGCAAAACAAACUCUCAAGCUAGCAUUGUGCCAAAUCCUUGAGACUUCAUCACUGUACUGAGUACCUGGCUGUAGUGCAGUUCUUCCUAUCAAGAUGUUUUUUGUCAUUUUGAACCAAUUCUUUCUGUCCUGUUCAGCACCUUUUAGCAAUGAAUGGAAGCCAGUGUGUACAUUUGAAGAUCUUUAAAGCAUUGUGUCUGAAAUUGCCAGAUUUUGAUGGAAGAUUGAAUAUCAGAAUUAUGAAAUUCUUUGAGGAGCGGAGAGACUGUUUCAGGUCGAUGUUUGUCAUUGUGUGGCCAAAGUUACUGUGGUGACUCCCUGUUUCUCCUGGAAUUAAUCACGUGUACAUUGCUGUUUUUUAUAUAUUAAUUUAUCAUGUACCCUGAGCAAACCUGGUUCUGAAGUACAGCAGGAAGCACUGUUUUUUGACACCCUGUCCCAGAAAUGAUGUCUUCAGAAUGGAUGUUAAUGGAAGGUCGAUGGGUUCAUCAGGGAGGGAAGAGGAUGAGGACAGAUCAAUUAAUACUGAUGAAAUGUCUUUCUUCCAAUGUCUGCAUCCAAACAAGUGAUCUGACCAAUGUCCACCCAAUUCGGGACUUUUUUAGAAUAAAUUGUGUAAUAAGCAUUGUGGUGCUAUAGCUUCAUAGACUGUGUUGGGACACACCAUGGACAAACACUGGUCUGUGAUCUAUUCCUCACUUGGGUGAUAAAGGGACCUUUUUUCCAAAACACUGUUCUAAGGAAGUUGCAUCAUCUUUUGUAUUGUGGGUUAAUGAUUUGUUGAAUGUUUUUAUCUAUUUUAACUUUUAAUAUCAAAUCAGAAAAAAUUUUGUGAUUCAGUUCAUAGGAUGUAUGAAGAAGCUGUUCCAUUCAACGUAACACUUGUGCCUUUCUCUCAAUGCUGGAUGUGGACCCCCGAAUACCAGCAGAGCUCCAGUACUGAUCAGUCACUCUUCAGCUUUCAGUGGGCUAUUUAAUAGUUCACUCUGCCUUGAAGAGAUCUUGUAUAAAAAGAGAGCUGAUAAAACGUC